GCAAGCAUACAUGUACAUUCACUUGAAGUACACUCAUUGCUCAUUUUACAUUCCAUGGAACAGCUAGCAGAUGGAUGGACUGCUCAUCAAGCCCCUUCCGGUCAUACAUACUACUAUAAUGCAGCUACGAAAACGAGCACUUAUCAAAAACCUUUACGACAGAGCUUGCUUCCUCCGCCAACUCCUCCGCUUCCUUCGCAAGAAAGUCCUGCUGCGGCAGAUCCGAAAGCUGCUUCCUCAGGUGCUAAAUUGAAUCAUCUUGCCACCUCGGUAUCAGAGCGAGCCUCAAAGGGUCCUAUUGAUCGCAGAUUUGGUGAAGACCGACCCAAGUACAAAGAUGCAAUCAGCACUGCUGCACCGUGGCUACUAGUAACGACCAAGCUAGGAAGGAUCUUCUAUCAUAAUCCACAAACAGGAGAUUCCUCAUGGCAGCUUCCAGAAUCAAUAGCAGAUGCCGUUGAAGAGUGGCAAAGAACGCGGUUCGAUGAUCCGUUGAUGCAGCAUCAGCCAAUGGACGAUGAGUCAGACAUAUCCCAGGAGGCUGAUUACGAGCCAGAACAGACGGAAACUGACCCGAAUGAAGCCAAUGUUGAAUUUGACGAAGAUGACAUCGCUUGGCAACUUGCAGCCAUGGAGGACGAGGGUUUGAUGCCUGCCGAACAAGCUGCAGAGGACCAGCAGGUAUUUACUGCAACAGAACGGCAAGAGCUAUUCCAAGUCAUGCUUUCUGAUUGCGAAGUGGAUCCUUAUUCGACAUGGGAGGCCGAGGUGGAGAAGAUUGCUGCGGAUCCACGCUACCUGGGUGAGUGUUCGCCUGCUGAAGCGCUGUCUAACACUAGUGCUGGAUUCGACGAAAUUGAGGAAGGCCGCUUUUGACAAUUACUGCGUCAAAGAGGCUCAAAGGAGAGCGGACGAGAAGGCGAACAUAUACAAGAAGCCGGUAUGUCAACAAUCUUCAGACUCUUGACUAAUCAAUAGGCCAAGCAGGCAUUUCUGGAACUCGUCGCACAACACCAGAGCAAGUUUACGUACUGGCAGGAUUUCAAGCGCAAAUUCAAGAAGGAAGACGUCUACCGUGCUUAUGGUGCCACUGAUCAUGAGAGAGAAAAGCUAUUCAGACUCUUGCAUGACCAUCUCAAACGAAGCCAAACG